AUGAGCCAGCGCUGCAGCUGUCAGGUUUGGCUACCGGAUAUACUUAUGGCCUUGCGAUUAACUUCGUUCCAAACCGCCUCGCUACCGUCUUACAUGCCAUCUAAGCACACUCGACUGGCACUGUUCGACGUGGACGGCACUGUGACCCCCCCUCGAGGAGUGGCUGCGCCAUCUACAAUGGCUACACUCCGACAGCUGCGCGCGAAGCUCUGCUGGCAAUUGGGUUCUCAGGUUUCAGAGGACUUUGACUACGUGUUCGCUGAAUGCGGCCUCAUUGCAUAUAAGAGAGGACUCAAAUUGCCGCACGAACGCUUCGUCGAUCUGAUCGGCGAGGAUCGUUACAAGAAUUUAGUCAAUUUCAUUCUGCGGUACAUCGCCGACCUCGAUAUUCCGAUCAAGAGAGGCACCUUUGUGGAAUUUCGCGAUGGACUGAUCAACGUCUGUCCGCAGGGACGCAACACUACAACACAGGAGCAGGACAUGUUCGACGAGUAUGACAAGGCUAGCUGCUGCGUUCCUUCUUACAACCUUGUGUGCGCGAUCGGAGGGCGCACUUCCUUCGACGUUUUCCCUCGUGGAUGGGACAAGACUUACGCGCUGAGGCAUCUCGAGGGAGAAGGGUACAGCGAGAUUCACUACUUCGGUGACAAGACGCACGAGGGUGGGAAUGACUUUGAGAUAUUCCAUGACCCGCGGAUCAUAGGACACACUGUGGAUAGACCUGAAGAUACAGGUCGGCAAAUAGAAGACCUCUUUCUCAAAGAAAAACAGUUUGGCGGUGGCCCAACCUGACGUAUCAAUGCCCGUGUACAGUACCCAUCUGCUCUACGGAAAGAGGAAGAAAUAUGAGUUUGCCAUCAUCAUUCCGUCAAGCACUCAAGCACUCUCAAUUGACGUGGGUAUCGGGCCGCGCUUUCCAAUGCCCUCAGUGUUAUUCCUCGGUCUGUCUGGCGAAGAACUGCAACUCGUUGACCUUCCCAACCGAA